AAUAAUAUAGAUAAUUUGGCAGGUAUGUGGGAAAACAAGCAUAUUAUGUCACAAACUGUUUUAGCAGUGGGGAAAAACGAUAGCUACUGUAUAUGAGCGAGUAGUUUAGCUUGGGCAAUAUGCUUGAGGAAUGGCUAACGAAAACAGCCUGCAUCGUGCAGGAUUCCACGUUUUGAACACGAAAGAGGGAGUUCAGUGGAGGAUAUUCCACCAUGGAUACGCAGAUCUUGAGGUCACAACAAAGACUUCGAUAUUUCUUGCGGUGUUUGGAAUGGGGAUAGUGAGUUCGUACCAAAUCAACUACCCCACUCAGGUGCCGUCAUGGCUCGUUGCAGUCAUGCUAUCGAACUCGGUGUUUCUGAUCUCGCUACACUCAUUUGCCUUCGUCAUUGGAACUUGGUUGCUUCCGAACUUGGAAGCAGUCAGCGAAGAGUACGUCCCACCGCAAGAAGGACAGCUCAAAAUCAAACCAGUACCAUCAUUUUCCCCACAUGAAAGGUUUUCUGGAUUUGUCAGAAUGAGCCACAGGAUUUCCCAUGUAUUUGGUCUAUUUAUUUUCCUUGCUCAAGUACCAUUAGUGUCUUGGGUUAAAUAUUGGGACGUUUCUAAAAACGCUGCUAUUGCCAGUACUGCUAUAAUGGUACCAUUCAUGGGAUUUUUUGCACUGUUCUGUUGGCUCUUCCAUUUUCAUUUCUUUUCACACGUGUUUCAAACCAGGCAGGAGGUUAUAAAUGAAGUUGAAAAUCAGUACAAAAGCGUUUCACAAGAAUCUUUAAAUUGUAGUAAUUAUUGCGACUGUUGCAAAGGAGCUCAAGAAUCUGCAAACAUUGUGUCUCGAAGACACAGUCUAGAUCCCGAUUUCAAAGUAGCUUAUGAUAUAAUGAGAAGAAAAUCGAGCUCUUUAAAAAGUGUUACUUUACAGACAGUAAUGGAGCAAACAGAAUAAAAGCACUAUAAUUGUUAAUUGUAUGAAUAGCAUGAUAUAUUUUACUGAUUUCGUUCCUUGAUUUCAACACACAUAUUUUCCCUAAAUAAAAUUGAAUUGUAUAAUUUAGAAUGUAUGCUUUUAAAGCCAAAUAAAAUGCAUUGCAAUCCAGAAAUGCUGUUUAGGAAGUAAUAAUAACUGCAAAAUCCACCUAAUGUACGGCGAUUCUUUUUGUUUGAGUAAUGCAAUAACGAGCAGUGAUGCCAAUCACAAUGAUCACGGACCUAAAAGUCCUU